AUGCUACCAAAGAUCCCGGGCAGGUGGCCUGACAUUCAACUGUUAUGCUGCCGACCGGGAAUGUCCUACGGUGUACUGUUUAAUCGAGACACUGACUUGGACAAAUUGUUCGUAGACUUCAAGUACCUCGGGAAAAAGAAAACUCCUCAGACAAACGCGGGAAUACUUCCAUCAGUAGCAUCCACAAGUCAUCAACCCAGUACUACUGUAGUUCGAAACACAGUUGCAAAACGGAAACCUGUUCUGGAAGCAAGGCCGACGAAUGAAAAGGAGUUAGUGUUCAUAGGUGACCCGGUGCAGGGGUUAGACUUUCGUUGCAUGCGCACCUUAACUUCACGGAUGUUCAAACUGGAGGCCAAACGACGACUUCUUCAGCAACCAACAUCUGCGAUCCACAAUCAGGUUUGCAGUAUAUGCCGCCUUGAUGAGCCACAAGUUGACUUGGACGAGGAAAUACAAUGGGUUCAGUGUUUCGGUUGUCAACGUUGGACUCAUUUCAAAUGCACUGGAUUCAACAACGGGGAAAAAUACCUGUGCAUGCACUACCUGAGCCGAUGGCCAAGAUGGGAUGCGUGA